GUGCGGAUUGCAGACGGAAGCGGAAAUUGUAGUUCUUUGCAGAUCCCUGAAAGCAUCCCGAAGGAUCAUUUUUUCCCCCAGAUCUGUGUGUGCUGGGACCCAAUGUUGUCGUGGAGAGAGACGAACAGAAUGAGCAUCCAGUGAGAGCAGAUCGAAAGAGAGACCCACUUCUUUGACAUCACCCCCAGUCAGUUGUAUUUCAAUAGGUCCUUGUGGUUUGAGACACCCCAUCAGGCACCAUGACGUCCUCUAUGCUACGCCGACAAUUGAAGAACCUCGUUCAGAACUUCUCUGAGGCUGAGGUCAAGGUGAGGGAGGCCACCUCCAAUGACCCCUGGGGCCCCUCCAGCUCGCAGAUGGCCGACAUCUCGGACCUCACCUACAAUGUGGUGGCCUGCAACGAGAUCAUGACCAUGCUGUGGAAACGCCUCAAAGACGACAAGAACUGGAGGCACAUCUACAAGUCGUUGACCCUGCUGGAGAACCUGUUGAAGACAGGCUCAGACCGUGUUCUGAAUACGAUGAAGGACAACAUCUACAUUGUGAAAGCGCUAACAGAGUUCCGUUUCCAGGACAAGGAUGGAAAAGAUCAGGGGGUGAACGUGAGGGAGAAGGCCAAGGUAGUACUGGUUCUUAUGGAGGACGACGAGAAACUAAAGGAAGAGCGAGAGUCUGCGCUCAAGACCAGAGACAAGAUCUCAAAGAACGCCACUGCCUCCUCGGACGACCCCAACGACCCCAAGGACCCCAACUACAAGCCAGUGUAUGUCCCAGGAGCCACCGGGCUCCCCUCCCUGGCCAACAUCCCGUCUGUGGCUGAUCUCGCCGCCAGCUUUGAGGCCAAGAAGCAAGAAAAACUGAGACUAGAGGCCCAGAAAAAAGAGGAGGAACGAAGGUCGAAGAUGACCAAGGAAGAGCUUGAGUGGGAGGAUGCCGCCAAAGCAGGAAAAGUUGCUGACGCCUUUUGCGGGGCAGAUGCGCCAUCAGAGGAGGAUGCAUGGGGUGCAGCAGCCAAGACACCCGCUCCUGAUCCUUGGGGGGUUGCGUCCAAAGCUCCAUCCGAGGAUGCAUGGGGCGGAUCAUCCAAAGCUCCAUCCGAGGAUGCAUGGGGUGCACCAUCUAAUGCUACAACAGAAGAAGCAGAUCCUUUUGCGGCACCAGCCAGUGCCCCAACAGAUGGUUCAGAUCCUUUUGCGGCUACAAUAGAUGGUUCUGAUCCAUUUUCUGCACCAUCCAAUGCAUCAUCUAAAGUUGAAGCUGAUCCGUUUGGGGCACCAAAAGAUGAUCCCUUUUCAGCACCAUCCAAUACAUCAAAAGAUGGUUCCGAUCUGUUUGGGGCACCAAAAGAUGAUCCCUUUUCAGCACCAUCCAAUACACCAAAAGGUGGUUCCGAUCUGUUUGGGGCACCAAAAGAUGAUCCCUUUUCAGCACCAUCCAAUACACCAAAAGGUGGAUCUGAUCCGUUUGGGGGACCAAAAGAUGAUCCCUUUUCAGCACCAUCCAAUACACCAAAAGGUGGUUCUGAUCCGUUUGGGGCACCAAAAGAGGAUCCCUUUUCAGGACCAUCUAAUAUGUCUAAAGAUGGAGCCGAUCUGUUUGGGGCACCAACAGAGGAUCCAUUUUCGGCACCAUCCAAUAUGCCAAAAGACAAUUCCGAUCCUUUUGGGGCCCCAUUGAAUAACCCAACGAAAGGUGCUGAUCCUUUUAGGGCACCAUCCAGUCCACCAACCGAGGCUUCAGAUGCGUGGGGUGCUCCAUCCAAUCCACCGUCUGAAAAGAAGGCUGAUCCCUGGGGAGACGAGGGAACCACAGCUGCCUCUCCCCCCGCAGAUCCAUUUGGCGAUGGCUCGAAGGCUGAUGAUGACGCAUGGGGACCACCAGCAUCGACUCCGCCCACCGCCAGUGACCCUUGGGGUGCAACUGCUGCUCCCACAGACACAGCAUCGACAAGUGACCCCUGGGGAGAUGGAGGAGCUUCCACCACUACAGACACUAUGAACUCUGACCCAUGGGGAGCUCCAAGUAAUGGCACAGACAAUGGAGCCGCCGCAGACGAAAACAACAAAUCGCCAGCUUCGUUCCUUGGCGCAGGAGCUUCACUCGUGAACAUGGACUCACUCCUCUCCUCCGAACCCAAACAACCCCCCCUCAACGUCCUUGCCAAGCAACAAAGCGUUUUACAAGGCCCAGGCCCUAUGGGCAGAGUCACGUCCAUUGCUGGCGUGUCUCGUACUACAAUCCCCCCAAACUCCAGCCUUUUUGGUUCCACCGCUAUGUCCUACGGUGUUACCCACCCCAGCUUUCGGUCCCCCAACACCAUGCUGGGGACUCCUUUAUCCCAGCUAUCAUCCCAUUCCCUGGGCAUGCCUCGUCCUGGCCUGGCUAUGCCUGCAAUGGGUCCUCAGAUGGCACCCCCCUGUUUUGGAGCUGUGAUGGUACAACCCAAUUGUCCGGGGGUGAUUCCUCAGGCAGGUCACUCUGCAGUGGCCCACUUGGGAGCUUCCACUCCUCCAAUGGGACGCGGGGUCCCUUUGCAGCCACACAUGGUUUUGGACACCGGGAUGGGAGAGCCUCUUCAACAGAACAACAAUCCUUUCCUUUUUUGAAAAGCUACAACCUGCCCAGCUCACCUUCCUCAACCCCAAUAUCUACAAUGGUUAAUAUAAUGUACAUGUCCAAUUUAGGUGUAUGGAACGAUAUGUAAGAAAUUAAGCAAGGCAAAAUAUAAGUAUUUUGAAAUAAUUUUUCAUGGAAAAACAUUCCAUUUUGGUUGAUUCGAUUUUCAUUUAGGUCCUUUCAAGAGUGGGGAACUUAGCGGGGAUCGUAGGAGUUAGAUCCAUUUAGGUCUUGUGUGAUUUUGCUCUUGUGCUGUCCGUUUUCAGUUACGCUGACCAGGUUAUUAUCAAUGCUCGCGUUCCUUAUGCUUGACUCAAAAGGCUCUGAGAGGGAUGGACGGAGGGUUAAGAAGACCUGAUAGCAAUAUUUGUACAAUCAUUACAAAAGCCUACAGUGGGACACGUACCCAUAAAGAACAGGAUGCUUGUAGAGAUGCUUUCAGGAAGUGUGUGUGUGUGUGUGUGUGAGCGGGCAUGUUUUGUGUGAAGAUGAGGUGAGGUCCUUCAGCAAAAGUAACCAUAACAACAGUCACUUUUUAAAGUCUUAUUUAAAGUUCUAUUGUAUUUUUUAAAUUAAUUUAUUAUCCUAUUUAUUGUAUUUAUUUAUUUAUUAAAUGAUUUGUUUGUUUCUUGAACACUUGGCCUCCAACAGACACUUUCGAAAAACAAACUAGAGCCAUAUUCAAAUUCAUUCAUAUGACAUUACUGACUGCAAACAUCAAAGUUGUCAUUUUCCCCUGGGUUUCUUGAGUUGAACAGUGACUUUGGUUGGAAAAGGUCAUAUCCAAUUGGAUAGAACCCUAAUCAUCCACAUGAUCAUCCAAUAGUGGCUUUAUUUCCCUUUUAUCAUUUUAUACACAUGUAUGUGUCUACUUAUUUUCUUGUGUUCGGGAAUAAACACAUUGUAUACAAAUGAAAGCUGGAUUUGUCAUCCUUUUUUUCUGUCCUGCGAAGCUAUCUGUCAGUUGAAAGUAGUUGUUUUUUUGUCAAAUAUUUGUAUUGAAAGACAACAUUCCAUGCAUACAGUACUGUUAAUGUAUAUCUAUUCAGUGAGUUUUCAUCGUGAGGCCUAUUGGAUGCUUGUCAUUCUGUAUUUUUGCAUUCCUUCUUUGGCCUCAAACGAAACGGUCGAAGGUCAACAAGACGGCGCACAAAACGUGAAGCGAAAUGAAAGUGGGACUGGAAGUCAACAAAUGAAUUGAUCUAAAUCGUAGUGCAAGUGUAUUAGUAUAGCUACGAUAAAUGUUAUCAUAGCUACUAUUAUAAUUACAUUUUGUAUGAUCAAUCUUUAUUUUAUUGUGUAUGUCAAGGCUGUGAUGUAAACUGUGACAGUACACAUUUGAGAAAUAAAAUGAUUCAAUUCCUGAGA